AUGACCACUGCAGAUGCAGAAUGCGUACAGACAUACAACAAACACUUCAUUCCUCUCGAGUCAGAUCCAGACGUCUUCACCGAGCUCGCGCAUAAGCUCGGCCUAUCCACCUCAUUAGUCUUCGAGGAUGUGCUCUCUUUGGAUGACCCAGAACUGCUUGGCUUUCUCACGCGUCCAGCCUUUGCAUUGAUACUGGUAUUUCCGACAACGGACGACUAUGAAAAGCGAGUUCAAGACGAGGACGCUAAACUUGAGGAGUUUCGAAACUCCAGGGGCGCUGGUGAUGUGAUCUUCUUCAAGCAGACCAUCAAUAACGCAUGCGGCCUUUAUGCAAUACUGCAUGCUGUCUGCAAUGGCGAGGCGCGACGGAGGAUCGACAGCGACUCGAUCGUUACCCAAUUACUCGAUGCCAGUCUGACGCCUGAUUUAGACGAGCUGGCAAAGGCAUUGGAGAAGAACGAUGGUCUCGAGCGGGCAUAUGCUGGAGUAGCAAGCAAGGGUGAUACUGAAGCGCCCCUCAAUGCAGAAGACGAAGUAGACUACCACUACAUCGCCUUUGUCAAAUCAGCUAAAGACAAUCAUCUUUAUCAACUCGACGGCGACCGCAAGCGUCCGAUAGACCUUGGGGCGCUCACAACACACGAGGACGUUCUCUCUGAGAGAUGCCUUGGCGUUAUUCGUGACAUGAUGGCAAGCGAAGACGAGAACCCCAACUUCAGCUUGAUGGCUCUGGUGGAGCAAGGAGAUAUGUAG